AUGCCAUUCUCUCAAAUGUUCCAGCAUUACCAAGAUCUAUCUUACGACAACCAACAGCGACCUUGGGAUGAGGUUGAUUUCACGAACCUUCAGCCUCCUAUUGGCGAAUUCAAGGGUCAAAUUCAACCUGGCUAUUAUGACUUGAAUGCUAUCGAUACUACCGAGCACAAUGUCGGUUCCCCGAACUACUCCCAAUUCCUCAAUUUCGAUGCAUCAGAUAUCUCUUCAUACCCGGCCCCAAGUGAGGGAAUAUCGUCAGGAUCGUACUACAAAACAUCGCCAGAAUCAAUGACCCUUUCCCGCCAAUCUACAAGCUACCCGUUAAAGGUUGAACCGGGCUUGACUCAGAACGUUCCAUUAUCGGCAAGGGGCUUUAAUCCUUCAUCUCUUGAACAAAUCCCCCAAGCAUGCGGGCCUGAGCCUAGCUGCAUACAAUUCGCCGAUCUUGCUGAAAUUGAAGACUGCCAGGCGCCUCCAUGCUUGUCCACCAGUAUUGGAUCUUCUAUAGGGCAAAGGGCGACCCGCAGGUCACCAUCGAGAACGGUUACAAGUGAGUCUAAGCCACGCUCUAAGCAGAAUACCGAAGGCGACAAGCCAACUCGCAACAAACGAACUCACAAAGCCUCGGGGAGUGAAGAUGAAUCGGCCAACAUUCGAGCUAAGCAAGCCCAUUCAGUGGUCGAGCGAAGGUAUCGAGACAACCUGAACGGCAAGAUAAUGCAACUUCACCGAGCCUUAUCUGCCACCGGUACCACGUCGAGGAUGACUGGCAUGUCGGCACAAGACUUUUAUGCCUCGCGAGAACAUCGAGGAAAAGUUAGAAAGUCAGAUGUCAUGACAGACGCGAUGAACUAUGUCCACCAGUCCGAGGUCGAAAUGCGGCAUAUGACAGACGAGAUUACACGACUUAGCGAGAGGGUCGUGACCCUAGAGAAGCUUGUUAAGUGCGAGGACUGCACCCUGCUUAAACAAAUGGUUCGGCUUCAACUCCAGCAACAGACUCCGCAAUGA